ACAGACGGCACGUCCACCGGCCGAUCGCACACAGUGCACCACGAAACAAACCCGGCUCACUCCGAUCAUCAUCCUCCAUCCACCGAUGGCUCGACGCUCGUCCACGAUGAGCCUGUGGCUCGCCGUGCUGGCCGCGGCAUGGACGGCGUCCACGGCGCAGCAGCAGCAGCAACCGCCUGCCGUGCCGGGCCAGGGCGUGAGCGCGCCGAGCUGCCCGCCGGUGCAGGCCUCGCUGUCGCCGUGCGUGAGCUACUUCAUCGGCAACUCCUCGUCGCCGUCCGACGCGUGCUGCGGCCAGAUGAAGGCCAUGUUCCAGUCGCAGGCGCCCUGCCUCUGCGCUGCCGUGGCCGCCGUGCCCUCCCAGCUCGGGUCCGUCGUCGGGCAGGUGCUCCCCAACGCCUGCAACCUGCCCCCCAACGCCUGCUCCGCUGUGACAGGGACCUCGAGCUCCGCUCCGGCGGGCGGCGCAACGGCGCCGUCGGCGGCGGCGACACCUACUGAUGCUGCUGCUGCUGCGCCGGCUGAUGCGAACCCGGCUGGCACGCCUUCCGGUGGUGGGGUGAAGUCGGUUCCGGGGACGGUUGAUUCGGCUGCCGUUGGGUGCAAGGGGACCUCCGCCGCCGUCGCCGUCCUGGCCAUGGCUGCCUCGUUCAUGGCUGCUUAUGUUUUCUGAUCUCACCAUGUGGUUCCUGCCAGGGCUUGUUGUGAGUUUGUCACACGGUUAGUUAGAUGGAUGUUCCGCUUGUUAUCACUCAGAUCGUCAUUGAUCUGAUCCAGUGUCACUUGGUGGUUUGAUAUAGUGCUAUAUUCUUCUGAAAAAGCUUUCGAUCCA